CAUUCAACGUCUGUGACGCUUUCUUAUUUGUGGUCGAACCUUGCUGCUCUUAGUGCACAAUGGACGUGCGGUGCAUGUCGCAUGUAAACCACCCUUGGUUCACAUCCGGACUCAAACGAAAGCGUAGUGUUGUGGGUUCAUCGAAUGCGUGCGACUCAAUAGAAGCGGCCACAAAGAAACGGCGACAGAAUGUCAUCGAACGCGGUAUGGCGUCGCUCACUCUAGACUCCAGUCCAAUCAUACAAGGCACCGCAUCCCAAUUGCCCCCGCUAGCAGCCGCAUCCCACUCGCAGUCCGUCCUGUUCCUUCAUUCCCCCGCUGUUGCUGAGACAUCCCGUCCUGUGCAAGAGGUUCGAAUGAAAUCCGCAUCAUGGUAUGAACCUGAAAAAGAUAGAGUUGUUGUCCUGAGCUUGGAUUCUGACGACGAGUCCGAAGACGACAUCACGACCGGCGGCAAUGUGCAAGAAGCUAACAACACAUCAUAUUAUGUGCUACCGUCCGUGGUGUCGCACCUCAACAGCUUUACCACAGAUACAGUCCCGAGCAAAGACGAGGACUUAUCGAAGGCUCUGGUUCUGUUCAGGCCUGUUUUUCAGCAAUUCGAGACACCACGAACGCCCCUUCCUACAUCCAUCACGGCAGAUGAGACAAAGAUUGACGAAAAUGCUCUUGUUGAAGACGUUGACAUGAUGGAAGUUGACAGCUGAUACACCUUUAAUAUUUACAACGCCUAAACCAGAUCUUGAUAAUGCUACAAGAUUACUCAGUAGUGAGACCCGCAAGCGUGCGGAUCGUUUAGGCUUCGUUCGGUAUGAAGAAACAGGCCUGUUUCUUCCAGUUUUUCAAUUCAAUAUUCUCUCUCAUUUCUUCUACCUAAAGAAACACGCAAUUUUUGUAUUAAGAAACAGGAA